AAAAGAAAAAGAAAAAGAAGAAGGAGGCUCAGAGUGAGACAGACCAAGAGUGGGGGGUUUUGCUGGUGUGCUGGGAUCAUGUCUCUGAAUGGGAAGGUGGCUCUGGUGACCGGGGGAGCUCAGGGCAUCGGGAGAGCCGUGGUUCAGUUACUGCUGCAGAGCUCAGCCAAGGUGGCCGUGGUCGACCUGAACAAGACCUGCGGUGAGGAGUGCAAGACACAGCUGGAUGCUGAGUUUGGAGAGGGCAACUGCACCUUCAUUCAGUGUGACGUGUCCAACGGAGACGCACUGAGAGACACCUUCCAGAGCACUGUGGACCUGUUUGGUCGUCUGGACAUCGUCAUCAACAACGCUGGCAUCAACAAUGAGAAGAACUGGGAGAAGACCAUACAAGUCAACCUGACAUCGGUAAUAAAGGGGACCUACUUGGCCCUGGAGCACAUGAGUAAAGAGUACGGCAAGGAAGGAGGCACCAUUAUCAAUGUGUCUUCUAUGGCAGCCUUCCUCCAUUCUCCUCAUCAGCCUGUCUACACUGCUACAAAACAUGGAGUCAUUGGCUUCACUAGAGCUAUGGCGGAUGCGUCGUCUCAGGAGAGCUACGGGGUUCGAAUCAACGUCCUGUGUCCAGCCUUCGUGGACACUCCUCUGCUGCACUCAGUGGAGCAUGAGGACAACAUGGGCAAGUUUGUCAAGUUCAAGGAUGAUUUCAAACGCAGCAUGAACAAGUUUGGAGUUUUACAGCCAUCACUGAUAGCAGAGGGCAUGAUGAGACUAAUCCAGGAUCCCAGUCUGAAUGGAGCCGUGAUGAAGAUCACCUGCUCUAAGGGAAUCCACUUCCACACCUAUGAGCCGCUGUCUGCCUGAGCUCUGACAGACUGGAGCCCUGGACUGUGCUGCUGUAUGUGGAACAAUGCAGAGCUUUGAGCUGUCGGACCGCAGGACACCAGAGACUGGUUCAGAACAACUUCUUGCUGCUGGAAUUCAGUCAUUUAAUAAUUAUGUAUAAAAUGUAAAAUGAGGAAGUCCAGUGUUUUGGCUGCAGCUACAGUCUACAUCUUUAUUGAACCAAACUUAUACAUGUUUUUCUGUCAGGUUUCUAUGUCGACAGUCAUUGUCAUCCACCUCAGAUGUGACUGAUUAUGCAGCUUCUUUGAUUAAACAGUGUUAUAUUAAAAACUGCAACAGUUGUUAUUUAACAGCUGAUUUAAAAAUAAAAAAUCCAGUGUGAUAGUUUGAGAUGGGAAUUAAUUUAUUGGUAUUUUAUAAUGAGAUAAGAAUAUUUCAUCAUCUUAGAAAAUCAACAUGUUCAACACCAGCUGUGCUGUGUGAUCAGAUAUAUGACCAUUUAGAUGUGUGAUGUUAAUGUCCCUGACUGACUGAGCAUCUGCACAGCUCACUGUUCUCCACACUCACAGUGGAGCUGCUCUCAUUUACAGAGUCACACACUUCAUGUCCCAGUUUCUCAUUAUGGAAAGAGAAUACAGUAGAAACUCACCUACAUGCAGGUGAAGUCAGCUGUUUACCUCCUGUCCUCUGAUCACUGUCUGAAGCCUCAGGCCUCAUGUUACAGUUAUUCAUUAUGAGGUGUUAAUAACAGUUUUAAUCUGUUCAAUUAUAUUUCAAUACAACAUACUUCAAUAAUAAACGGUGAAUAUAAUACGUCAGAUAUUUUAAACAUAUAAAGAGUCUGGACAUUGCGGGAAAUAGGGUCACAUCUUACUCUUGAUAUUAAUUCAACUGCUGGUUUGACUCCAGUACAGUUGACUCUCAGCUGUGUGUUUAUCAUGUGUGUUUGCAUUUUUAAUUCUGGAAUAAAAGACAAAAGAAAACUG